GCGGGUUCCGCCUAGCAGCUGAGCAGGCUUGAGUGUUUUGGGGUGCUGUGCUUUCUGUCCUGCCGCUGGAUGCUAUGAAGUGCGCUCAGGCAAGCUCCGAAGUUGCGACAUGGAUGCGGUGACCUAUGAUGAUGUGAAUGUGAACUUCACUCAAGAAGAAUGGGCUUUGCUGGAUCCUUUACAGAAGAGUCUCUACAAAGAUGUGAUGCUGGAGACCUAUAAGAACCUCAAUGCUAUAGGCUGCAACUGGAAAGACCAUAAUAUUGAAGAACAUUUUCAAAGUUUCAGAAGACAUGGAAGGUAAUUGUCAUGUGCAAGUUGGUAUGGAUCUGCCUCUAAAGAAAUGUUACUGUGUCCUAGAAGUUUUAAAGAUAAGCAACAGUGUAAAAAGAAAAGCACUUCUUUAAGUGUAUUGAUUAUUAAAUUCUCACAAAUCUAUGUACCUCGGUGUCAGGUGUCUGAUUUGUGUUUACAAGGCUUUCCUCUAAGAAAGAAGACAAGGAAACAAUGCCCUAACAGAUAUUACCAUUCAAAUCAUAGCCACAUUACAGCUACUCUGUAGAAAUGCCAAUCUAUUUAGUCUCAUACCACUCACAUAUUACAGUGUGUGUGUGUGUGUACAUAUAUAUGA